GACGUCAGCGCGUCGGGCGAGAGGGCGGUGAGCGUGCGGACGGACGGGCGGGCAGACGGACAGGCGGCGCCAUGGUGGAGAACGAAGAAGCGGUGAUCAGCGAGGAGGAGGCGGCUCAGUACGACCGGCAGAUCCGCCUGUGGGGGCUGGAGGCGCAGAAACGGCUCCGUGGCUCGCGUGUGCUGUUGGUGGGGAUGAAGGGUCUUGGAGCUGAAGUGGCCAAAAACCUCAUUCUGGCCGGCGUCAAAGCACUGACCCUACUCGAUCAUCAACAGACUACCCCAGACGAUGCAAGAUCUCAGUUCCUCAUCCCUACUGGUUCUUCGGGAAAAAAUCGGGCGGAAGCGUCGCUGGAACGUGCCCAGAACCUGAACCCGAUGGUGGAGGUGAAAGUCGACACGGAGAACAUCAAAGACAAGCCCCAGGAGUUCCUCACCCAGUACGAUGCUGUGUGUCUGACGUGUUGCCCACGUGACGUGAUGGUCCGAACUGAUCACUUCUGCAGAACGCACAAUAUCAAAUUCUUUGCUGGAGAUAUCUUUGGUUACCACGGUUACAUGUUUGCUGAUUUGGGAGAACACGAAUUUGUGGAAGAGAAGCAAAAGGUGGUCAAAGUUGGAACAGGUGAUGAAGAUGGACCUAAAACUAAAAAAGUCAAGAUUGAUCCAAAUGAAACCACAAUGAUCAAAAAGACGGUGAACUUUUGCCACCUCAAAGAAGCUCUGGAAGUGGACUGGAGCAACGAGAAAGACUCCUCCUUGAAACGAACCCCCAGCGAUUAUUUCCUCCUUCAAGUUCUGUUGAAGUUCCGGACUGUGAAGGCCCGCGAUCCGUCUCCUGACAGCUACGCGGAUGAUUCUGAACUGUUGCUCCAAAUGCGGAACGAUGUGCUGGAUUCCUUGGGAGUGAAGAGUGACCUGCUGACGGAUGAGUUUACCAGCACCUGUUUCUCGGAGUUGGCUCCGGUCUGUGCUGUUGUGGGAGGAGUACUCAGCCAGGAGAUUGUGAAGGCCCUGUCCCAGCGAGACCCUCCACACAACAACUUCUUCUUCUUCGACGGACUGAAGAGCAUUGGGAUCGUGGACUGCAUCACGUCUAAAUGAGGGAAGCCAGAGGAAGAUCAGGUGUGGAACGUGAUCCCAGGACAGGCGACCUUCACUGCCUCUAACAGGACCGCCAGCAAACAGUAACACUUAACAUGCCCAAAGCAGCAUUACCGUUUAAAAGAAAGUGAAAUUAUUUGGGCAUAAUGGGCUUGAUGACUCCGUUGCUCAGCUGUGGUGAAGUAAUCUCCAAUGUGCAAAUAAUGCGAUUACCACUUGUCAUGAAACUGUGGACUAAAUGUGUUACUCUUUGGUCACCUUGCCAGUUAUUAAAUACAGGCUUUACAUUCUAGCCCAUUGCAUCUGUCCACUGCGCAGAACCAUUAGAGGGGAAUAGUAUGUAACAUUGCCGUUCUUAAGGGGCUGUCCCACUUGCGUGAUUUUUUUCGGCAACUUGCCGGCACUCGACAUUGUCGCAGCAGGUGGCCGAAGAUUUUCAACGAGUUGAAAAACUAACGCCGACCAGAAAAAAGUUCGACUCUUUGGUCGACUUCUCCCGACCAUACAGGCGCCACGUGCCAUGGUGACGCCUGUAUGGUCGUGAGUAGUCGCCCAAAGAGUUGUAUCUUUUUUUGGUCACCGCUGGGUUUUCAACACGUUGAAAAUGUUCGGCCACCUGCUGCGACUAUGACAGUCGCCGAAAAAAUCGCAAGAAGUUUUUCCCCCAAAAUGAAUCUCAACUCUUCCACCUUCUCCCCAUACAACAAAUUGUUCCUUCGGCAGUUUUGAGUUCAGGGAUAAUUUUGUCAGUCUCCCAAGGUUUUGCUUGGUUGUUUUUUAAGUUUUGUAAUUCUGCAGGGCAGUCUUUGCUCUGUAAAUAAAAGUUUAAUUUAAAACUCCA